UCCAUUUUAUUUGUCCAAUUCCGAUUGUCUUUCACCUUUACAAGAAUCUAUAUUAGAAAUUAUUGGGCAAUUGGAUUUAAGUUUUUCAGUUGAACAACAAAUUGCGAUAAAAGAAACAAACUCAAGUAAUAAACAUAUAAAUCGAGAAAUUAUUGGCAUAUCAACAUCUAAAAAAUCUUAUUCAAUAGUUUCUUAUAUUGCAUUUUUCAAAACUGUUAUACAAUUAGUUAAAGAUUUAUUUAAAACUUAUGUUAAUGAUCAAAUAGUUUAUUUAGAUGGCAUUUUUAGAAAGAUUAUGAAG